AUGGCGGACGAAAAGCACGAAAAGAGCUCAAUUCAUACGCCGCCUGCGGGUGAAAGCGACAAUGGGGUGCACUCAGUGAUCCAAGUGGGAGAUAUUAUCCAUGUCCAUGCUACCCCGGAGGAAGAAGCACGAGUGCUCAGAAAGAUAGAUUUGUUCAUACUUCCGUUGAUGGGAUUUUGCUACAUGCUUCAAUAUACCGACAAAGUCUCUCUAGGAUACUCCACUCAACUUGGACUGAUGAAAGAUCUGAAACUGGUCGGCACAGAAUAUAGUUGGACAUCUUCAAUUUUCUACUUCGGCUACCUAGGAUGGAGCUGGCCAAGUUCUUACCUCGCUGUUCGAUUCCCUCUUGGCAGAUACUUAGCUGUGUCUGUGAUGCUGUGGGGAUUGGUUCUCAUGUGUCAUGGUGCUACGAAAAGUUUCACGGGACUGAUGAUCGCGAGAUUCUUUCUUGGGGUGACGGAAUCUGCCGUUGCUCCUGGGUUCGCUCUUCUGACUGGCAUGUUCUACAAAAGAAAGGAACAGCCUUCUAGGAUGGCAAUCUGGUUCAUUGGAAAUGGUGUCGCAAAUACAGUCUCAGGAGUUAUUGCCUACGGUAUCGGGAAGGCUCAUACCAGUCUUCAACCAUGGCGCCUACUUUUCCUAGUUCUUGGCACCGUCACGUUCUGCUGGGGCCUCUUGCUAUUGUUCUUACUCCCAGACUCGCCCUCCAAAGCGAGAUUCUUGAAGCCCGAAGAGAGGAUCAUUGCGCUUCAUCGGACUCUUGAAAACAAGACUGGAGUCAUGGACGAAGAUACGUUCAAGAUUGAGCAGAUGUGGGAGGCAUUGAGAGACCCCCAAGCAUGGUUUCUUGCUCUGUAUCAAUUUUGCGUCAACAUUCCGAAUGGCGGCUUAACUUCGUUCAACAGCAUCAUCGUAAACGGUUUCGGCUUCGCUCCUCUCACCACUCUCCUUGUUCAGAUGCCAGGAGGUGGUUUCCAACUCAGUGGCCUCGCAUUCAUUGCUAUCACCACAACCUACGUCAAGAAUAGUCGCCUGCCAUGCAUGAUAAUCCUCGUCAGUCUCUCGCUCAUAGGCGCGAUCAUGGUAUACACGAUCAGUGACGAGCAUCCCUGGGCUCGACUGGGAGGUAUUUGGCUGACAGCUAUCUUCGCGGCUGAUAUUCCCAUAUCUUUGAGUCUGGUUGCAUCGAAUUGUGGAGGAUUCACGAAGAAGGCUACCGCCAAUGCGAUGUUCUUCGUGGCCUACUGUGUAGGCAAUAUCAUUGGACCACAGUUCUUCUUUACUCGAGAGGCGCCCAGAUACCCAACCGGUAUCAAAGCUCUCCUGUGCGGGUUCGCGCUAGGGGUGUUUUUCUUGUUCUGCCUCUGGUUCUAUUACAUCUACGAGAAUCGCCGCCGAGACAAAAAGUAUGGUCCAGCGACCCAGAUUUCUGAGACUGAGGAAUUGGAAGAGGAUAUCUCGAACAAGACCGAUAUGCAGCUCAUUCAUUUCAGGUACUUGAGAUGA